AUGUACGCUCUUCAUAGAGGCGGCGCCGUCGCGGCCACAGCCAGCGCCGCGGCGAAGAACGCCUCUUCCUCGAGGUUGCCGCUAUCGCAGGUCGCCAUGACACGGAGGGCGCUUUGCCUCGCUCGUCUCCAUUCCUCAACGGGGGGGGCGGCUUCAGAGGCGAUGCGCAGAGUUAGGGCCGAAUCAGCAGCGGGGGGAGUGCGGCGCCGCGCGGCAGGGGUGCGCGUGGCGCCGCCGGUGUGGAGCCGCAGCACUAGAGGGAUGGGGUCGUGGACGCCGGCUCGGGGCUCCCCACAGGAGCGCUUUGGGGCCGCGGUGGUCGACGCCGCGUUGAGCAUGCGAGAGUCUCUCGAGGCCAAGCAGCUCAUCUGGGCUCAAAAGAUCCCCAAGGGCUUCGACAACUUCUUCCCCAAGGGCGGGGGCGGCGGCGCAUCCCCCUCUAAAGAAGGGCAGGGUAAAGCCUUCCCGGACAUCGGCGGGGCGAAGGGAGACGCCGACUCCUCCGCGGGCAAGGAAGGCAGCGAGGCAUCCAGCAAGGCUUCGGGGCAGAAGGAGGGGAAGGGGGGUGGAGCGGACGGGGGGAGCGGUGGCGACAGGAGGACGCCCGGAGGGCAAGAGAUGCUUGUGGCGGCGGCUAUGAUGGCGUUUUUGUUUUCGCUGCUGACGGACAGCUCGGGCGAUUCUGGCAAGCGUCCGGUGGAGAUCACCUGGCAAGAUUUCACCACGCUCUUGCUCGAGAGCGGAAAGGUGGAACGCAUCGUGGUGGCGAACCACACGACGGCUAGGGUAGUCAUGAAGGAGCCGGUGGACCUCCGGUCCAUGACGGACGGCUCCAACACCAUGGGCGGCGGCGGCGGCGGCGGCGGCGGCAGCAGCAGUGAUACGAUGAUGUCUCGAUCAGAGCCGGAUGGAGGUCGGGGCCACGCGGACGGGGGGUUCGAAGGUACCGGCGGCAGCGAUUGGACGAAGGGGGUGGCGGAUGGCGGCUGGGCGACCGGCGGCAAUACCGAUGACCACAAGCACAUGCGGGAGAGGCUCAACAUGCCGAGCUACCAGUUCGAGAUCGGAUCCGUGGACACGUUCGAGCGCAAGCUGGAGGAGAGCCAGCGGCAGAUGGGCAUUAGCCCGAGAGACUUCAUCCCCGUGCAGUACGUCACGGAGAGCAACCGCUCGCAGGGCCCCAUCAGGGCUCUAACCGGGCUUUUGCCAACGCUGCUGGUGGUGGGUACCCUGGUGUACCUAAGCAGAGGGAGCAGGGGAGGGGCGGGCGGCGGCCCCGGUGGCAUCGGGAGGGUCUUCAAGAUGAUGGACUCUACGGCGACCAGGUUCAUUAACCUGGGGGCCAAGUUCCCCAAGGGAGGGCUCCUUUGGGGGCCCCCGGGGAAAGGCAAGACUCUUUUGGCGAAGGCUACGGCGGGUGAGGCCAAGGUGCCCUUCUUCACCGUGUCAGGUUCUGAUUUCAUCGAGAUGUUCGUGGGAGUCGGCCCCGGGCGAGUUCGCGACUUGUUCAAGGAGGCCCGCAAGAACGCCCCUUGCAUCGUGUUCAUCGACGAGAUCGACGCCGUCGGCCGCAAGCGCGGGAAGGGCCAGUUCGGGGGGGGCAACGACGAACGAGAAAACACGCUGAACCAGCUCCUGGUGGAGAUGGACGGUUUCUCGUCCAACACUAACGUGGUCGUACUGGCGGGUACGAACCGAGUCGACGUGCUAGACCCGGCGCUCACGCGGCCGGGGCGCUUCGACAGACAGAUCACCGUGGACAAGCCCGACAUCAUGGGCCGCAAGGCGAUCUUCGAGGUGCACCUCAAGGGCCUCAACCUCGGCGGGAAGUCGUCCGAGUUCUCCGGCAGGCUUGCCGGGCUCACCCCGGGCUUUGUCGGCGCGGACAUCGAGAACCUCUGCAACGAGGCCGCCAUCGUGGCCGCCAGGCGGGACAAGAAGAAGAUCGAGAUGGACGACUUUGAGUCAGCGACGGACAGAGUAAUCGGAGGCCUGGAGUCCAACAAGCUGAUCAUGCCGGAGGAAAAGAGGAUAGUGGCGUACCACGAGGCCGGGCACGCCGUUGCCGGGUGGAACCUGGAGCAUGCAGACCCGCUCAUGAAGGUGACCAUCGUGCCGAGGGGAUCGAGCACGCUGGGCUACGCGCAAUACCUGCCUAAGGAGGUGUUCCUCCGCACCCGUGAGCAGAUCACGGACAUCAUCUGCAUGGCUCUCGCCGGGAGAGCUAGCGAGCAGGUCCACUUUGGGGAUGUGACGACCGGGGCUUCGGACGAUCUUCGAAGAGUAACGGCCAUGGUUUACCAGAUGAUCGGGGUGUACGGCAUGGGAGACGGCAUCGGGCAGCUGGCCUUUCCGCAGGAGAAUGGCGGCGGCGGGUUCCCUCAGGAGAGGCCGUACUCCGAUGCAACCGCUGAGAAGAUGGACCUGGAGGCGAGGAAAAUGGUGGACAGCGCUUACCAGCGGACGUUAGAACUCGUCGAAGCUAAGAAAGAGCAGAUCAAGCUCGUGGCCGAGCUCCUCCUCGAGAAGGAGACGAUCAACCACGACGACCUGGUGUCCCUCAUCGGCGCCCGUCCCUUCAAGGCCCACAAGAGCUACCUCGAGUUCAUCUCCGCCAACGAAGACGCAAAGCAAAAGAUGGCUGACAGCAAGGACGAGGCAGCAGCAUCAGCAUCGGCAACAGAUACAGCAACGGAGGAGGCGAAGUCGGGGGACGGGGACUCCGCUGCUGGGGAGGGGAAGGGGGGGAAGGGUAGCAGCGGCUCGGCGGCGGCGAGCAGCUCAAAGGGGCCGUGAUUUUGAUUAGGGGAGGCGGCGUGCCGCCAGAGGGAGAGCCGUGAUUUUUGCCUAGAGAUUUAUGUUGCUCGGUGCAAGUCGGGUCGGCGUUUUGGUUUGGUGUUAGUUCGAUUGACCGCUGCGGCACUCGUUUCCUGCUGCAUCAUAGCGCAGGUUUUGCGGAGAGAUGGUGCGGGUUCCAAGUAUGACCUCCAUCGUCCAGCGUGGUUGAGCUUUGCAGGGUUAGCGCGUGGUUUCGUUUCUCAUAGUAUUUAGUUGCCCGGCCCUCCGUGAUGCACAGCUACUCCUUCCCGGCACGAUAUGGCUACCUGUCGGACUUCCUUGGGAUUUCCAACGACGUGUAUAAGGGAGGCGUUUUUGAGAAGCAUUUGUGUUGUUCGGGUCGGGUGGGUCGCACAACUACACACGGUUGGAGAAGAAUAAGAACAACACACAGCAAGAUGAACAAUACCCAGCUGUUGCUGCCGUAUUUAUGGGAAACCGGGGAACAUGACUCCCUCUGAUGUUGUCGCCCCGCUCUUUCGUUUACUGACAAGAGCCACACAGG